AUGGCCAAGAAGCUCAAUCCCACCCAGUUCACCAAAGCGGUCGUGCGCUCAUUCAUGAAAGACUCUGGUCUUGAGCCAACACUUCUCGGAAAGCAUUUCCGUAUCGUCAGUGCCACAGAAGGCAAGGUCGACUUUGAGCUUGACAUACAACAGCAACACACUAACCGUCUUCAAACUAUCCACGGCGGUACCCUCGCCAGUCUUGUUGAUCUUGGCGGUUCACUCGCAGUAGCUUCAACGGGUCGCUUCUCUACAGGCGUCUCAACUGAUUUGAACGUGACCUAUCUGAGCCCUGGAGGCCGUACUGGCGAUCUUCUCAAGGGGACAGCCAUUCUGGAUAAGAUUGGAAAGACACUUGCUUAUACGCAAGUGACCUUUACCAAUAGCAAGGGACAACUUGCUGCGCGGGGAAGCCAUACCAAAUAUGUCACUGGUACUAUGGGUGAGGCUGGCCCUUAUGUUGCGCCUGAAGAAUUCUCAGAUGUGGAUUGA